GUUUAGUAUUUUAGUUAUGCAUAUUGAGAUAACAGUCGUUGUGCUAGGGAAAAUUAUGCUAAGAUUCAUUCUCCAACUAAAGAAAAGCCCGCUUUUUUUCUAUCAAAGAAAGCCGAAUCAUUUCUUGUUAAAGCAAAUUAGCACCACGAUUGAACCCGUUCAAGAAAGUGACCCUGUGUCAUGGGCCAAUACCGUUUCAGCCCUGGCUCAAGGUGGGCUUAAUUCUGACAUCGCCUUGCUGAGUGCCUGUCAGAUGAUGAACUCCGGCUCCAAGCCAAAUGACUAUGCUUUAGUCCACUUGAUCCGUACAUGCACCAAAUGUGGCUGGUUUUCACUCGGCCAACAGCUUCACUGCCAAAUUAUAGAAUCUGGGCAUGAUUCCAAUGUCUUUGUUUCCGCCGCUUUGAUCAAUUUCUACGUAAAAUUUGAGCUAAUUUAUGAAGCCCAGAACCUGUUCGAUGAAAUUCCUGAACCAAGUUUAGUUGGUUGGAAUUCUUUAAUUUCUGGGUAUGUUCGUUCUGGGCAAUUCAGGAAAUCUCUCACCUUGUUUCUCCAGCUAGAAAAAUCUGGUAUUUCUUCAGAUUCAUAUUCAUGCACAGCUGCUUUGUCCGCAUGUGGGCAGCUGGCUUUAUUGCUGUUGGGAAAACUAAUACAUUCCAAGAUUGUGAAACUUGGUGUUGAAUAUAGUGUUAUCGUAGGGAACUGUUUAAUUGACAUGUAUGGCAAAUGUGGAGCUGUUGAAGAGUCUAUGGUGGUGUUUGAUGAGAUGAUUGAUAGGGAUUCCAUUUCUUGGAAUUCAGUUAUAGCAGCUAAUGCUAGAAAUGGAAGGCUUGAGCAAGCGUUAAGCCUUUUGCAUCAAAUGACUGAUCCCGACACAAUCUCUUAUAAUGAGGUGAUCAGCGGCAUUGCACAGUUCGGUAAUAUACAAGAUGCUAUUGACCUUUUAUUCAGAAUGCCGAACCCAAAUUCAUCUUCGUGGAAUUCUGUGAUAACGAGCUAUGUAAACCGUUAUAGAGCAAGGGAUGCUUUGGAAUUUUUCAGCAAGAUGCACUUUAGUGGUGUUCAAAAGGAUCAGUUCACAUAUUCAAGUAUAUUGAGUGGGAUUGCAGGUUUAUCAGCAGUCACCUGGGGGAUGUUGAUCCACUGUUGUACAGUAAAAUCUGGUUUAGAUGGAUCAGUGGUCAUUGGAAGUGCUCUUAUUGACAUGUAUUCAAAAUGUGGGAGAAUAACUGAAGCUGAAAUGGUAUUCCACUGGCUACAGAAGAAGAAUCUGAUAACUUGGAACGCGAUGAUAUCUGGAUAUGCUCACAAUGGUGAUUCCAGCAAGGUGUUACGUCUUUUUGAGAAGUUGAUGCUUGUGAAAAAUUUACAGCCAGAUAGAAUUACUUUCCUCAAUGUUUUGUCUGCAUGUUGGCAUAACAGAAUGCCUUUGGACGCUGCAAAUCGAUAUUUUGAAUUGAUGGUGAACGAGUACAGGAUUAAUCCCACUGCUGAGCAUUGCUCUUCCAUGAUCAGGAUCAUGGGCCAAGAAGGAAAGGUGUAUCAGGCAGAGAAGAUGAUACAUCAGCUGGGAUUUGAGUCGAAUGGAGCAGUUUGGAGAGCAUUGCUUGCUGCUUGUGUUACUUGCGGGAAUGUAAAAACGGCCAAAGUGGCAGCGGAAAAGGUGAUGCAACUUGAAGGUGAUAGUGAAUAUGUUUAUGUACUGAUGUCUAAUGUCUACGCUUGUCAUGAGAAAUGGAGAGAUGUUAUUCAGAUUAGGACAAUGAUGAAGGAGAAAGAGGUGAGAAAAGAGAUUGGCCAUAGCUGUAUUGAAUUGGAAAAUACAUUUCCAACUUCAUCCAUAUUGUGAAGAAAAUAGAGGACAUGUCUACCAUCUAAGGCUAACCGAGUCUAACGUUCGUUAACAUCUUGAAGGAAGAAUGAAACUCUCGUUUAUUAUUGCAUCCAUGGUUUAAAUCAGAUGUACAACUUUAGAUUCAUAUGAUACUUGGUUGCAACACGAAAUACAUCGACUGCAACCAAAACUAGGAUGCCA